AUGCAAUUUAUCCCUGUUAGUGAUCAUAAGAGCAUUUGAUGACCUAUCUAAUCGAUCCCUCUUUUCUACUCCCAUGUGAACCAGUAGACUUCUCGAGGUGCAAGUAUUUAUCACAUAAAAUCCAUUAUUCUAUUUAGCAAGCAAGCAUUUCAUAACACGAAUAAUAUCUGAGGAAUGGAGCCUUACGUGUGCCGUCUGGAUGAAAACAUUCAAGCCAUCGCACGCAGGGAGCUGGGGGAAGACGCCCGCACGAGGGAAGAAGCCCUUGCCCAGUUCAGAGACUGGCUCAAGACAAAGCCGCACAUUGUAGCCAGAACAGACCACCAGACGCUUCUGCGUUACUUACGGGGUUGUAAAUUCAACGUCGACAAAGCACAGAUGAAGUUGGAAAUGUACUAUGCCUGCAAAACGGUGAUGCCCAAGCUACUCAUCAACAGAAAUCCUUUCCUGCCAGAGAUUCAAGCUGUCUUGCGACUUGGACUCAUGGUUCCAUUACCGGGAUAUGACGCAGAAGGUCGCAAGGUGAUCUUGGCGCGGUUAGGGGCAUGGGAUCCCAAAAAGCAUAAGCCCAAGGACCUUCUAAAGGCAGCAUCGAUGCUCCUGGAUGUCCUCUUCAUGGACGAGGAGCAGAUAAGCGUGACGGGCUUCGUCCAGCUGCACGAUUUAUCAGGCUUUUCCCUCAAACACGCGUCGGUGCUCGACGUCUCGCUCGUCAAGAGGGUUAUGACCGUCUGGAGAGAGGCGUACCCUAUUCGACCGAAGGCCGUGCACUAUAUCAACACCCCCGCUGCCUUCAAACCGAUCUUCGAAGUCGGCAAAAAGUUUAUGAAAGAGAAGAUGAAGAAAAGAGUCUUUGUACAUGAUACCAACAUGAAUGCUCUCAACAAACACAUACCAGCAUCGUUCUUACCAAAGGAGUACGGUGGAUCCAAAUAUUCACUAGCGGAAGUUACUGAACAUUGGGCUAGACGAAUUGAGAUCUACAGGAAAUGGUUCGACGAAGACGAGAAGUAUAAAAUGACCGACCGUAAGCACGCACUGGCAUUGAAAAAAGUCAAAGACGUCGUAUCAGCCAGUCAGUCUAUAAAAAAACUUGAAAUUGACUGACACGCACUACUGAAUGUGACACACACUUCUAGGAUCACGAAUAUCCAAUGCGGAAAUUAUGUGGAAGUUUUCUUAGAAAAAAUACGCUUCGGCAAAUUAGUAUAAAUAAUAUGAUUUUAGCUAUAUUAGCAAAAGAACCGUCACACUUUAUGUUUUUACACGAGAAUAGCCUACUUUUUUGUCUUCUCACAAGUGAACUUUGGAAAAAAAUCUAUGACGACGCUCAUUAAAGCGU